AUGACGCUCCGAGUCAAGAUCUCCACUGAAGUUGGCAUCACGAAUGUUGAUCUCUCCACUGUGGAUAAGGAUCAGAGCAUUGCACCCAAAACCACCCGGGUGACCUACCCAGCGAAAGCCAAGGGCACAUUCAUCGCAGACAGCCACCAGAACUUUGCUUUGUUCUUCCAGCUGGUAGAUGUGAACACUGGUGCUGAACUCACCCCUCACCAGACAUUUGUCCGACUCCAUAACCAGAAGACGGGCCAGGAAGUGGUGUUCGUUGCUGAGCCAGACAGCAAGAAUGUGUACAAGUUUGAACUGGAUACCUCCGAGAGAAAGAUCGAAUUUGACUCUGCGUCCGGCACCUACACUCUCUAUCUGAUCAUCGGGGAUGCCACUUUGAAGAACCCAAUCCUUUGGAAUGUGGCUGAUGUGGUCAUCAAGUUCCCUGAAGAAGAUGCUCCCUCGACUGUCCUGUCCAAGAACCUUUUCACCCCCAAACAGGAAAUUCAGCACCUGUUCCGAGAGCCUGAGAAGAGACCCCCCACGGUGGUGUCCAAUACAUUCACCGCCCUGAUCCUCUCGCCCUUGCUCCUGCUCUUUGCUCUGUGGAUCCGGAUUGGUGCCAAUGUCUCCAACUUCACUUUUGCUCCAAGCACGAUCAUCUUUCACCUGGGACAUGCUGCGAUGCUGGGGCUCAUGUAUGUCUAUUGGACUCAGCUCAACAUGUUCCAGACCCUGAAGUACCUGGCUGUCUUGGGCAGUGUGACGUUUCUGGCUGGCAAUCGGAUGCUGGCCCAGCAGGCAAUCAAGAGGAUCGCUGCAGAGCAGAGCAGUAGAUUGGCAAAAUAUAGGACACUACGAACAGCACACUAGUGUCCGAAGAAGGAAGGAAGAAGAAAGCUGAAAUGAGUAUCAAGAAAAGGAGUCAAGAACAAUUCAGUUUGUAAAGAGGAAUGAAGAAACUUUAUUUAAACAGAAAAAAGUCAAAAUUGUGGUUAUACUUUUGCUUGUUGUUUCCUGUUUCCCCAACACAGAGUGGAUACCUGUGAGCCCCGAUACUCCAUUUCUUUGGCAUGGUGCCCUAGCCAGAUGCUGUGAAUAUUCCUAACUUAGCUGCCAGGUGUUGCAUUUGAAAAGUUGAAAUUUGUAAUUAAUCUGUUUUGGAAUAAAGAUAAUAACAGGAA